AGGGGCGGCUGCCCGCGUCCUGUCCGCGGCAUGGGGCUCGCGCUCCGGCCGGGAGCCCGCGGGCGGCGCUGAGCGGAGCGGCCCCGCCGCGUCCGCAGCCCCGGAGAAAAGAGGCCGAGCGCCCGCGGGCGGGCGGGCGGGCUGUCGCCGGGGCUGCCAGCGGCGGGGCUCGGGACCCGGAAGCAGAAGCGGGACCGGGAGGCGGCUGGAUGGGAAGGAGCGGCGGCGGCGGGAGGCGAUGGGGGAGCAGCAGAGCUCGCUGAGCGCCCCGCGGGCCGCCGCCGCCGCGCCGCCCAGCCCGGCCGGGCGCCCGCGGGAGGACGGCCCGGAGGAGACGCCGCCGCUGCGGGAGGCGGCCGGGCUGGGAGGGAGCGGGGAGCCGCCGCCCUCCGCCGGCCCCGAGCGACGAGGGGGCGGCGGGGACGCGGCGGGGGAGGACGAAGAGGAGACGGCCGGGCCGGAGACGCCGGGUGUGGGGGAAUCGGCGGAGGAGGGGCCGGAGGGUGGCAGCGGUCGGCGCCGCCCGGCCCGGAGGCACGUGUAUUGCACCGUGUACUGCGUGGAGAACGACCGGCCGGGCCCCGGCUCCCCGCCCGGCCCCGGCAGCGCUCAGCCCCCGGCCCGGCGCGGGGUAGCGGCGGGCGGCGACCCGCUGUCGGCGGGCGGCAGCAUCGAGGUGGUGGACUUGUACCUGCUGCCCGAACCCUUCUCCGGGCUGAUCGGCGGCGACUUCGGGCCGCUGCUGGUGCUGAGCUGCCGCGUGUGCCUGGAGGAGAAGCCCGUCAAGCCCCUGUCCUGCUGCAAGAAGGCGGUGUGUGAGGAGUGCCUCAAGCGGUACCUCAGCUCCCAGGUGCAGCUGGGACAAGCAGAUAUAAAAUGCCCGAUCACAGAGUGCAGCGAACACCUGGAUGAAACAACUGUCCUCUAUAACCUGCCCCAUGAGGACAUUAUCAAGUAUAAAUAUUUCCUGGAACUCAGCCGCAUCGACUCCAGCACGAAGCCAUGCCCUCAAUGCAAGCACUUUACAACCUUCCGGAGGAGAGGCCACAUUCCUACCCCUGCCAAAUUGGAGAACAAAUACAAAAUCCAGUGUCCAUCUUGCCAAUUUGUCUGGUGUUUCAAGUGCCACUCUCCCUGGCAUGAAGGUGUUAACUGCAAAGAGUACAAAAAGGGAGACAAGCUGUUGCGUCACUGGGCCAAUGAGAUUGAGCACGGGCAGAGGAAUGCCCAGAAGUGUCCAAAAUGCAAGAUCCACAUCCAGAGAACAGAAGGGUGUGACCACAUGACCUGUUCCCAGUGUAACACUAAUUUCUGUUACCGCUGUGGGGAGAGAUACCGUCAGCUCCGUUUCUUUGGAGAUCACACGUCAAACCUCAGUAUCUUUGGAUGCAAAUACCGCUACCUCCCCGAGAGACCACACUUGAGGAGAUUAGUGCGAGGCUCUGUCUGUGCUGGAAAACUACUCAUUACACCCCUAAUACUGAUUCUGGGACUGGCACUGGGAGCCGUAGCUGUUGUAGUAGGUUUAUUUGUGUUUCCUAUCUAUUGCCUUUGUAAAAAGCAGAGGAAGAGGUCACGGACAGGUAUGCCCUGGUAAGAAUGGGCCAUACUCACUGAACUGAGCUGGUCCUGCAAUGGACUAUACACGGUUUGUGCAACAGAGCAAUACAGUGCUGGUAACGGCAUCACAGCCAUCGCCCUGCAAGAGGAGUGGGGGAUCUCCUGCAUCUUCUCUCAGCUGAAACACUACUGCAGACCAGAAAGCCUCUUUGCUCUGGUGCACUCUGAACAGGAUGGGCCCCCUGACUGCUGCUUUUAAAAUAUUUUUUUCUAUUAUUAUUACUUUGAAGGGGGUUUUUUGAGAGAUUUAAGUCUAAGUUCCUGAACUAGACAAUCAAAGUCUGUAUUUUAGCCACAACUCUACUACCGAUUUGGCCUGUGAAGAAAUCAUUUAACUGCUAACGUGUUCCGUUUAACUUCAGUGUUCGCCUUUAAGGGGGAAAUGCUUAGAAGUGUUUGGACUCUUAUUGUAUACUGAGCAUACUACUUUUGGUAUUAAAUACUACUUCUGUAAAUAACUUCCAUCACACAGCAUUCUGUUCAGCAUACCAAAACCCCAUCACAUGCCAGAAUAUGACAGCUGGUUAUCUUCUGAGUUGUCCUACUAGAGGGGCAAGAGUUUAGAUUGCGUUUGUGCAGCACGGAUUGCCACAGCCAAAUAACAGUGCCUCAGAAUAUUAUUACUAUUAUUGAAACUUCAUGAUACUUACAAAUAUGCUGAUUGGUUUUCCUUUUGUAUUUAAUUUUUGGAAGUUCGUUAAUAUUGAUUAGAAGUUGAUGAGUUUGCCAGAGGAGUACAGCAUUUUGAAACUCAGUACAAGGAAAAAAUUUGAAGGCUUUAGAUAACAAGAAGUAACUCGAGACAGAACAGGCCAUUGAUAUCCACUGAAAUGUGACACAGAACGUACAAGGAAAUGAAUUUCAAGGGAAGCUGGAAACCUGUUCUUCUGUUCUGAACUAGCAUAUAGUACACAGUCUACACACUAGUUGUGUGUGGAAAAUUGACUUAAUGAAAUUCUAUAACCUAAAUAGCAUGUACAUUUGCUUUGUAAGUAGCCUACGUAAGCCUUAGAGCAUCCACUGGUGUUUCGUGAAGAAAACUUAUGAAUUCUGGUUAAAGGAAGGGAUCAUUAAUUAUUUGGAGACCAUUUCAUUCUUAUUCUCUACUUCCAGUGUCACUGUUCCUGGUGUGUAACAGAUCAGAAGAGAAUAGCAAUCCAUGGCCUUUAUUCCUCAACUUCAGAGUACUUCUAUUCAUCACUGGACUUUUCUCAGCACAUCACCACAAGGUUAAUGUAAUUUGCAGUUGAGACUCAGUCUUUCAUUUUUAGUUAUAAUCCAAACAUAUCAUACAAAUACAACUUGAAAGAAAAAAAAUGAAGUUGUGUUAACAGAACAGUGAUGCACCAAAGUGAGAAAAUUAGAAAGAUACCUACUUAUAUUAAAAAGAGCUGUGAUCUUGAAGAUUAGAUCUGUAGUGUGAAGGUACUUUUUUGAAUGUUUGAAGAUACCUAUGUAUGUGUAUAUAUAGAUGCAUAUUUAUGUGGGAGAGGGGAAAGGGAGAUAAUCAGUGCCCUCUGUCUACGGACCUCAAAAUUAACACUCAGAAAUAGUGUAUCUUUUGAGAUAGUUUACUUUGUACCUCAUUCUCUGAAAGUUAUUACAUCUGACUCUAGUUGUAACUUUUCAGUAAACAGUCCACUUCCCCACCAAAUAGUACUCUGUUAUCAUAAGAUACUCUGACUUCAAAGCUGCAGUGGAAGAACUGAUGAAUUCUGUUUACUUGGAAACACAAAUAUUAGCUUACCAUUGUUGGCUAGUAUGUGUCUUUUCAGUCAGCUUCUGGUUUUAUUUCCUUGUUCAUUUUUUUUCCCCUUGUUGAAACCGUGCAAACAAGGAUACCGUGACAGUCAACAGUACUUAAUUUUUCUGUUUGAAUUUAAGAGCAUGUUGACCCUGUUGUCCUGUCAGUUGACAUACCUUUGUAAGAUGUGUUAAUUAAGCUGGGAAGCAAUGACAUUUAGAAGUAAAGUUCAAAUAAUAUUCUCAAUGCAAAUGCACCUGCUAAUUAGAUUUUUUUCCUUCUGUAACACAUCACUUUCCUAGUUCUGUUUUAUCUGCAGGUUGGAAGCUGCCUUAAAAUCAAGUCUUGGUUUUGAGUGUUUUCUGAGGCCAUACAUAUCAGUUGUCUUUGGCUUACUCAGGGAUUCUUAUUCCUUUGUUUAAAUGUCAAAUAAUGAAAAUAUUUUUGUAUUAUUUAGAAAAUUUCAGACCUCAGAGAGUGAGAGAUGCAUUUAUAUAUAUAUAUAAAAAUAGAUUUCAUUUUGCAAUACAGUCUAUAAUAUCAUGUCAAACUAUUCCACUUGAGAAUGUUUUAGUACUCGAGGUUAUCUGUAACAGUACAGUGCGUUAAUUUCCUUUCUUUUCCUGAUUCCUUAUAAACUAUGUGAGAUACUCUUGCGGUCGUCUUAGCUGUGUUCUCUCUGCUGUUCACUAUUUUCAGUUUCUGAGUUCAGAAAGAUCUGAAAUUAAAAUGCUAGAAUAAUGAGCAUAAAGGGAAGAAAUAGAUCUGCAUUUAUUUUACUUUCAGAAGAAUGUUACGAGUGGAGAGAAAAGCAUACAUCUCAACUCCUACAUUAUAAUUUCAUUUAAACCAUUUGGAUUCUAUCAGAACAGAUUAAAUCAAAGCGGUUCUUCAUUUUUUACAUACAGCAAAACUAGGCAUAUUUCGACCAUUUUAAGAUGAGAGAGUCCAAUCUCCAUUUCUCUGUAGAGGAAAAAAUAGGAAUUACAAUGUUUGCUUUUCUCUGUAGAUUAGGAAAAAAAAACGCAGGAGCCAGGCAGAGUAAGGAUACCAAAGUCUUUCUAUCCAUAUAAAAAUAUGGUCAUUUGAACAAUAUGUAACAAACAGGUUUUCAUUAAUGAUAUGUAGCACAGCCAGUUGAAAUGAAAAAUCUAAUCCUGUAACCUCAUCCAAUGAAAUGUAAAUUUUAAACAACUAUUCUCAUUAUAGGAAGUCUUACAUUACAUUGAAGUCAUGUCAUUUAUUUUACAGUCAUUAAUUUUUUUGAGGAAAUGGGGUGAACUUUGUAAGAAAUUUAAAAGAUGUUUUUCUUUUGGGACAUACAGAUAUUUGGCUUUUUUAACUGUACUCUGAAGAAACCAUCAGACUCUUCUAUCACAUUUUCAUUAGCAGGAAAUAUCAUCAGGCAGUUCGAUUAACCUGCUAAGGUAGAUGUUACUGUAUGCUGAGUAUCCAGAUUGCUUUCACCACAUUCAGAAUUAUUUAUUCUUCGAAGAAGUGCUUGCUCACCAGUAUCUGUAUUCAGAUUAAGUGCUUAAAUCUAUUCUAAGUGAGAUGUAUUUCUAAGCUGUCUGGAAAUUGUUAUGUUAACGUACUGAGGCUCUUUUGCACUGGGUCAGAGCUGGGUGUCCUGCAGAGGCUUUGGGCUGAGCAGAGCUCUGCUGGCUUCUGCUAGGGCAGGCCUCUGGGUUGUGCCAGUUGCAAGGGACUGCUUGCGGUUCAGGCUGAAGCUGCUUUUUCACUUUGACAUCUUUCCCUGCAUUUGGAUAACCUGGAUGGAGGUGCAGAGCAUCAACAGCACUGGCAUUCCCUGCAGUGUGGGGCCUUUGUGGACAUCUUUCUCUGCUAUCUUUGUAGGACCUGUCAGUAACUACACUCUCUACAGCUAAAAUGGUUGUCUUGGUCUUCAGAUGAGACUGAAGUAACAAGAGAUGUUUUAGUGGUGUGUCACUCUACACUUUCUUGUAUUUCAUGCCUUCAAGUUAGCUCCAGAUUCCAGAUCAGCUAUUUUCAGGUUAGUAUGGCAUCCCUACCAUCUACGUGCUGAGUACAUCUGUAUGGCCAAAUAAAUGUGUGUGUGUGGGGGGGGGGUUUUGUGCAGACCUAUUAAAUUCUGUUUUGGGGUUUUGUCUUUUUUUUCUCCUUUUUGCUCCAUGCUGCUCUUCUGCUCUUGAGCUUUCAUUAAGUGGGUCAAGUUUCUGGGCUCUUAACCAUAUCUGCGGCAGGACCUUUUUUGCCUGCUGUGGACUUCGUGAGCAUAGUUGUGUAUUGAAAGAGCUCGCACAGGAUAUGUAACUGGAAAAUAAUAGUGUGGUUCUUUUUUGUAAAUAUAUUUGCCAUUGAGAGUAGGAAACUGGGUUGGAUACCAGUGAGAGGCAAAAGUUCAGUUUGGGGUAGCCCUGUGCUCUGAAAGACCCAUCAUUUUAGUUCUGCACACACAAAAAAACUUGUUUUCAAUUCUCAUCACCUUUAUAGGCAGUCUACUUACCUUUCAAAUGUCAUUAAAAUACAGUGCACCUUGAUCUUUUAUCUUUCUCUGGGGCAGUGCAAAUGUGUAUGGAAGGGAGGAUUUUUAUUACUGCUGCUUACUUCAUAAUUCUUCCUGGUAUGAUAGCUUUUUUAUUAUUUACAUAUAUUCAUUGGGUUUGACCAAUGUGAAGUUGUACUUAUUAAACAUAAUAAUUAGCCCAUAUGACGUUCAGUGGUAGACAGAAAGAACAAUCAUUCUGUCAGAAGGUACAAAUUCUCCAGUGAUAGAAUGGUUUCUCUUGCCCCUUAGAUCUGAGAAACCGUUUCAUAUUCAAUAGCCAAACAAUUUGCUGUGCAGACAAUUUGAGUUUUGUUUUUUUCACUAGUUGUGGUAGUUUUGUUCCUGAGCAGACGUUUGCAUCAGUCAUAAUUCUUGGAAUGAUAAUUACGGCACACUGCCAAGUUGUGCAGGAGAACUACGGAUUACUUUUAUUUUAUAAUCUAUGUUCACCUCUGUUCAUUUUGCUGAAUGAAAGAAUCAUACACAAGGAAACUAGAGAGAGAAUUUCUUUGUAUCUUCUAAUUUUGUAGUGGGUCUGCUCCUGACAUCAGCCUUAGCCCUGUUAAAUCAGGAAACUUGUACGCAUUUUAUGCCAGCACAGGAUUGGGCCAAAAUGCUUUGGUAUUCCAAAAUACUAAGAAAUAUGUUAACAGCCAUAAUUGACAACCAUUUAUGCAGCUACUUGAAAGUCUGGUUUAUUUCUGAAAUGCAAACUGUCAUAAAGCCUGUCCUCUCACUCACAGAACAAUACUAAGUCAGCUAUAAGGAAGAUUGUCUGAAUAGCAUUCUUACUAUAGCAAACAGGGGAUUGAAUUGUAAGUUUUUAAUAUGGGAGGGAUCUUAACGAUUUGAGUUGCCAGUAACAUUGAAAACAACUUCCACAGAAAGGGUUAAAUAAUGUAUUUUAAAAUUCUGCUAUAACAAGUGUACACUUGGGGUAAGAAUUGGAGUUACAGCUGUUUAAUAUUUUUCAGGCUUCACACAUAAACUUUGAAAAGAAGGCACAUGUAUUUAAAAAGUAACAUUGCUGGUAUAUUUGCUGGCUUUUCAUACUGCUGUUACAUGAAAGAAACAGCUGAGCCUUGAUUCAGCUGUAAGACAAGCAGUGUGGUCACUGCUGAAGCUGGCACAUCGCUGCGGAUUUUUUUAAAAUUAAAGAAAUCAAGCUACCGAGUGUGGAUCAUUGCAGUUGCAUAAGAGUAUAACUUCCUUGCUGUUUCUUCCAUGUUCUGUGUACGUGGGCUCAGGAUCUGUACACUUGCUCUCCAGUAAGGAAUGGAGUGCUCAUUCCUUUAGUGCAACUAAUCACUGAUGCUCUUAGCCUGACGUUGAAAAGCCGUAAGGUAGAGAAAUGAAACCAGUGCAUGCUUGAUUGCAAUGGUGAUGAUUUCUUGUAGGCUUUAAUUAGUUUUUCCCUAUUGAAAAGAAAAAAAAAAAAGAGAAAGAAAAAGCACAUAAAUUUCUAAGAAUAAUUCAAAUUGUCCACUUUUCAAUAUCUAUUUUUAAAUUAAAAACUGGUAUUAUAGUAAUCCAUAUAUUAAGAAUGCAUAUUUGUUUGGAGGAAGUUUUUUUGGAGCUCAUGUUACUUAUUGAAACAUGAAAAGUAGAUCUGAACUGUGUUGUAUGGAUUGAAGUCUAAAGAAGAGAAAUGUAUUAUGUAAAAAAUGGAUUUUGCACAUACUUGCUUGAACUCUGUUGCAUGCUAGUCCCAUUCAGUGUUUGAUCUUGCUGAAAACUUGACAAACUUAAAACAGUGUUGUUGCAAUUUUAUCCUUCUGUUACUAAGCAUGAUAUUACUAAUACAGUGCCACAUUUACCUCAUUUUUAGAAUGAAAAUCUACUCACAGAAUCCAAACAGGCUUUUCACAUAUUUUAAAUCUGUCUUGUAAAAACGCUGAUGCAAUCAAAAAACCUUUUUCUUUCAUGUCUUAAGACGAGGUAUUAGGAAACAUUUCUUUAGCACGAGGGUGGUCAAACCCGGGAACAGGCUUCCUUGAGAGGUGGCUGAUGUUCUAUGCCUGUUCAAGCGGCAUUUGAACAGUGCCCUCAACAACACAAUGUACCUUUUGGUUAGCUCUGAAGCAAUCAGGAAGUGGGACUCUGUAGGUCUCUUUCAACUGAACUUUUUUGUUCUUAUGCAAGUUGUGGAUAAGGAGAUCAGUCUUUACUCAUUAACUAAUUUUUUGCAUAAAAAUGCACUAUAAAGAGUUCUUUGGUAUCAAUUUACAUUAUGCUGCUCACGUUCAGAAAUUACAAGAAUAGGUGUAGGUUUUUCCAUAUCACUGUUUACCAACCUCAUAAUAAAAUGUUUACCGUAUUUUCAUUAAUUAUACACUUGAUUUCUAACUCCUUUUCCUUCCAAAUUUCAUAAUUUGAAACUGAUGUCUGGAAAUAGUUGAAGACAAAAUUGGAUCUUAGGAAAUGAUCACAUGAGAUUUUGCUGAGCUCUACUAGAAAAGAUUAUUUUCGUUGUAUUUAUUUAAAUGCAAACUACUGAAAUCUCUUCUUUACAGCUUUUUAUUUUGCAUUUUUUUCAAUUAGGCAACGCUUUGUUACAGAACUAAGCAUCUGAGUCCUAAUAACUCUUUAAGAUAUAUGUUGAAAAUUAUCUUGUGGUAGAGAUGAGAAUUAGUUGUUGCUGAGAAAAAGAAAAUAUCUUAUGUGUUUCUGAGAAGGCUGUCAAAGCUGAGCUUCAUCUUAAUUUCUCAAUGAGUUGAUGAGAAAUUUUUUCCUUUUCCCUUUGCUUUCUCUAUUUUAGUGUCAAGAAUUCCCUUUAAGUUUAAUCUGAGUGCUGGGAUGCAAGGUUAGUAAAAUGAUGGGUCAUCUUUUUUAGUCUAGCUGUUUCUGGCACAUGUAGAAGGCUGGACAAAAUUCAGUUUCAUUAAUAAAGAAACCUCUAAUUCCACAUUUGAGCUGCAUAAAAUCUAUGUGCAUUAGCAGUUAGAACUUCCUGCAUGACCGAGAGUAAGGCUACUGGAGGCAGGCAAUAUCCAUGUAUUCAAAACUUGAAUUCCAGUAUUGUGUGUUUUAUAUGAUGAGAAAAAUUUUAAAUGUGUAAGUGCCUUAUUGCUUGAAAUGAAUGAAAAGUGUUUUCCACCUUCUCCCUGAUAGAGCAAUAUGGAAUUUCUGUUAAGUAGUCAGUCCUACACACAGAUGUGUUAAGCCAGACUAAAUACCGGCUUGCUCAGAAGGUUGAAGAAUAUUGUUAGUGAGCAAGUUACUGUUUCAAGAAUGGUAAUGUUAACUCGACAUGCCUAUUGUAAUUCUACUGAUCUUCAUCUCAUUUCAGUUUUUUCUAACUUCCUAUUCAUCUUCAAACUUCUGCAGAAAUGCAUAUUAUAUGCAUUGUCAGAAUGAGUUUGGUCUUCCAGCAUAAUCAGCUAGGCAUCUUCAACGACUGAAAGAACAUGCUUCUCUUCAGAGAUGAGAAUUCAACUGAGUUUAGGUCAGACCACAGUUGCAAUGCGUACACCUGAAGUCUUCAAGGAAGAUGGAAGUAGUGAGGAGCAUGGGGCACAGGGAUGCACUGUGGGUAGUUCGGGAUUCAGAGCAGUUUAACAGCAUUUCAGUGGUAUCCAAUUUGAGCUAACGUAUCCUGUUAAUACAAGCUGGUAAUUCAUCUGAGGUAGGUACCUUGAUGGUUUUGUCCAUCAGAGUGGAUAGUGAUGCCUGGUGGAGCAACUCUGGGGUCUCUGUUCUGCCCUUCACUGAAAGGGGAGUUACAUGAUCUGCGAAAAUACCAUUCAUUUCUCCAUCUUUAGAAACCUUUACAAUGGAUACUAUCGAGUUUUUCUGGGAUUACCAUCCCAGGGAACAGGGGAAUUUUACCUUUUAUGUGUUAGAUUUUUCUAAUAGACUUUUCUUUACUAGCAUUGCUCUCUCUUCUUUUGUCCAUAUAUUUGAAAUUGGGUGCCGAGAAAAGCUUUAUUAAAAAAUUUGAAUUAUAUGAACUCUUAGGGGGAAAAAAAUUGGAGCUACAAAAUGGUAAUUAUCAGAAGGAAAUUGAGAGUUGGCAACUGGUGGGUUUUAGAUGAAAGAUGUUUAGAAAGUCUGUUUAUUGUAGAUUCAUGAUAAAAACAUUUUCACUGUGUUCCAUUUCUUCCACUAAGAAUUUGUGACGGAAAGAAGGAAAAAGAUGAAGAUGAAAAUAUUAUCUUCUUGGGCCUUUUUGCUUGAAAUUCAUUAGUUUUUCUGAGCUGCAUAAGAGGCCUUUUCCCCUACUGGAGUUCUUAAUUGGUAAUAUGGCUGUCACUUGGAGUAUCACUUCCUCCUAACGCAUCAUACAUGAGUGCUUAAUCAGGAUUCUACUUUCAAAUCUGAAGUUUUUGGUGAUAGGGAAUUUGAUCCAGUCAUACUGAAUAAAAUUGUAAUUAUCGCUUACAAAAUAUUAAUAGAUUCUAUUUCAGUAUUAUCUCCAACUUUUAGGCAUGAACUAAGUCAUUCUGUAAUCCACUGAAUAUGAGGCACCACGUCAAAAUACUUCAUCGCUCCCAAGAAUUGCUGUUUAUUUCAAGAAAUUACUUCUUAGGGUAUCAUUCUGCUCUCUUAAAACCAGCAGGCACACAACCAAAAUGCUGUUAAGUUCUUCUGGUACGUGUCUUUUGCUUUUAGCUGAUAACUAUGCCUGUUGCAUAGGAUAGCGUCAAUGGUCUUCAUGAUGUAACUUGACAGAGAUGCUUGGUAGUCCUGGGCAAUAUUUUACAAAUAAUUCAAGGUGGUGUGUUGAAUUUAUACUAAUAAUUCCUGUUGAAUAUUUUAUCUUUGUGGCUGCUUCAGUUUGUGUCAACGUGAGGAUUAUUUUUUGCUACCCUCUUCAGAGUGCCUUUUAGUUUAGGAGGUCUAGAAACAGAUCACUGAAAUCCUCUGUUGAAUUCACCAUAGUAAUGUAUGAUUUUAAACUUGUCCUGAUGAAUGUAUAACUAAAAUCCUCUUCUUUAAAAAGCUAUAGAUGACACAGGCUGUGUAUGCACAUGUACAUGCAUGGAUACAAGGGAAGUUGUUCUGCCAAUGUUUGUCCUGCUGGACAGGACCUUUUGAAAGUAAGUGAAUUUUUUAACAGUUUGUUUUCAAUAUGUUACCUCACUAGUAUUCAGUAGUGGGUAUGUCUCUGUACUGCUUCACUCUGCUAAAUACAAUCGCAUUUGUGGUAGGCAGUUCAAUUUAUAAGGCUAUGUGACGAUUCUGAUGUCUGUAUUGAGAGUGAAGCUCGUAAGUCUAGACUUACCAGUUCUUCAUUUCCUUUCAAAGCAUUCCUUUCACUUACACUGAUAUCCCAAUCCCUUGUUAUUAACAAACUGAAGAAGUGCUCCCCCAUGAUGAAACAGAAGAAUGUAAAGUAGCGCUUGAAUGCACUCCAACAUAGAACUAACAUUUUGAAGCCGUGGGGGGGAGUUGUGCAUUUAAUGAUUUGUGAGAUGUACAGUUCAUUCACUUGCACACAAGGGGUUUUACAAUGUCAUCUAGUAAUGUCUACCUAAUAAAGUUUUGAAAAAGAGAAAA